AUGUUGGAACAUGAUCAUCGGGAUGAAGAGCUUGUAAUUCUUCACCUAGAUGAUCGCAUCGAGUUGUCCAAUCCUCAAUUCAAGUAUCAAUUUCAAAGAAGAAAAUUUCAAAAAGAGCUCAUUCCAUUUUCACUGGAAAAUUGUUCAAAACAAGCUCCAGUGCGCAUUCCGAGAGUAAGCACCUGUGCAUUUAGCACCAUUCUCGUUACUAGUUCUUUUUCACUUAAUGCAAUCAUUGUCAUUGAAAGAUAUUGUAGAAAUUUGUUUUUAUUUAAUAUUUCAACCAAGAAAUUAGAAAGACAAUGUAAAAUAAGAGAUUUUGGAGUAUUUGUCAUUGAAGAAAAUUAUGAUGGAGCUGGGCAUGAUGCAUGUAUUGUCACUUGUAAGGCUGAUACUCUUCCAAGUGAAUACAAUGAUCAGUUUCUUCAUGCUGGACUACUUGUUGUGAAAUAUGAUUUGCAACACUUUAUUUCCGCACUUGAAAGAGAUUUGAUACCUACACCGCUUUGGGUUUCUUCAACAGUUGGCCUACCAAUUCAUGAUGUUUGUGUACGGUAUGAGAAGAAUUUGUUGAACACAAUUUAUGGAUUUUCAAAAACUGGUCAAGUUCUUGUUUGGAAAUCCAGCAAUGGUACAAUUAUUUUCAAUGACAUGUUGAAAUGGAGAAUACUACACAAGUCAUUAAUUUCCCACUGCUGUUUUGUCAAUGAAAAUCGAGAUUUACUGAUUGGAACUGCAUGUCAUAUUGGAAUUUUUUCAUGCCAAACAAGUGAAGGAUUGUUGCAAUGUUCUCUGAAAAUCGAUUUGACUCCACAGACUCGUAUAGUCCUUACAGGCAUUGCAUAUGAAUCAUCCACACAAAAAGUAUUUGUUUCUACUGAAACUGACUCUAAAAGUUCUGUCUUGAGAGUUUACAGUACCCUUAAUGGUCAAUUAUUACAAUCAUUUACCAUGACAAGUAUGUCAGAGUAUGAAUCAUUAAUACAAAUUAUUGAGCACAGUGGAGAAUUGAUAACACUAAAUCCCUUCUCCUCAACGUUACAAGUAUUCAAAUAA